CCUUUAGCUGUGUAGAACAUUUACUAAGAUGAAGGUUGUAGCUCUGUUGGCUCUGACCAUUAUCGGCUUGAGCUGUGCCCAAGACAAUGGUGAGUAGAAAAAUAAGAGAAUAUUCAUAGUGGUUAACAUUCGUUCAUUACAAAUACAGGAAAAUAAAAUAUCUAACUUAUUAUCUUAGAUAUGACACAACGUGCUCUUUCUGUUGUUAGUAAACUACAUGUUUAAAAUGUGUCAAGCGAUUUUCUGGACCAGGUUUUCUUCUGAAAAAUUUAAACUUACGGAAAUGAUAAAUUGUUAACGUGUAUAAAGAGGUUUUGAAAAUGAAAAAUAUAUAACAUGUAAAUAGACAAAAAAAAAUUAUUAUAAAAUUAGAGUCUACAUUUUACAUGUGAUUAAAAAAUACAAAUUUUACAAGUAUAAUUGUAAAAAUAUAUUUCUCGAGUUUACUUCAAAUUUCGUAAUGGUAGCGGGCUAUUUUAAAGAUAAAUAUGAGGUUCAUUAUGAACUAAUAUAUUUGUUUAAUAAAGUUGUAUCCAUUAUAUUAGGUCUUGAAACCCCUAUUAAAUAGUGAUUAUGACAACAAGAAAUGCAUGUGUAAAAUAUAUUAAAUGUAGCAGGAUAGUCAUAUAAUAUUGGAAUUAUUCAUAUUAUAUUUUUGAAUAAAAAUUUGGGAAAAAGACGAAUAAUAUUAAAUUUUUUAAAAAAAAUGUGUUUCUUUAUUAGCAAAUCCACCUCCACAAGAUGGAAGUCCACCACCACCACUAGAAGGGAGUCGGCCCCCACCCCGUAAUGGAGACCGUCCCCAACCUAGAGAUGGAGACCGUCCCCCUCAACGAGGAGGAGAUCGACCCCCACCUCGCGGUGGACACCGUCCCCCACCUAGAGAUGGAGACCGUACCCCUCAACGAGGAGGAGAUCGACCCCCACCUCGUGGUGGAGACCGUGCUCAACAAUGGGGUCAAAGCCCACCACCACCCCGUGAUGGAAGCCCACCACCACCUCUUGAUGGAAGCCCUCCACCACAAGUGAACAAACGUCAACUGCCACCUCGUAAUGGAGGCCCACCACCACCUCGUAAUGGAGGCCCACCACCACCUCGAGAUGGAAGCCCACCACCACUCCGUGAUGGAAGCCCACCACCACCCCGUGAUGGAAGCCCACCACCAACCCGUGAUGGAAGCCCACCACCACCUCGUGAUGGAAGCCCACCACCACCCCGUGAUGGAAGCCCACCACCACCGGCACUACCUUCGGGUGGACCACUCCGUGAUGGAAGCCCACCACCAACCCGUGAUGGAAGCCCACCACCACCUCGUGAUGGAAGCCCACCACCACCCCGUGAUGGAAGCCCACCACCACCCCGUGAUGGAAGCCCACCGCCACCUCGUGAUGGUCUUUCUCCCCCUCCGUUUGGAAGACGCCCACCACCAGGCCCCCCACGUCGCCAAUAAAGCUGAGCAUUAAUAUGUUCUUUUCUACAUUAGAGUGGUGAGAGCUUCUCUAUGCACAAAAUGUUUUAACAGAGAAAAGAGUGC